AAUCCCCGCCACAGCACCACCGUGGCACUUCCUUUAAAAUGUAGACACAACAUUGGGACCGUCGUAAUUUGCUGCGGACAACCGUUUCAGGUGAAUAAUUUUACUGCUACGCCGUCGGUCCACUUGGACGCGUACAGUCGAUAAAACAUAGUGCCGGCUCGAGUGCGACCAAAUCGGUCGUUUUAGCCUGUAAUAUAUUGUAUUCACUGACACCAUGUUUGCGGUAUUGUUGCUGGGCUCGGUGUUGGUUGUUCUCAUAGCGUUGUUGUUUUCCGUGUGUUUCCGCGUCCGCAGAUCCGCGGUGCAUUAUCGCAUGUGCGCCAAACUGCCAUCCAUACCCCGUGGUUACCUGGCCGACUUCAAAUUGUCCAUUCGACUCGCUACGCUCAAGCCCAAAGAUCUUCUUCCAUACUUUGGUAAAAUCCUAAAACAGUAUGGACCAGUGGUUUAUUUAAAUAUAUUGGGCCAUUCGUACGUCUUAUUAAACGAUCCUGAUGAUAUAAAAGCUCUGCUAUCAAGCUCACAGCAUAUAAACAAAGGUCCGGAGUAUACAAUGCUUCACCCAUGGUUGAAUAAAGGUCUUCUAACAAGUGGAAGUUUAAAAUGGCACUCGAGAAGGAAACUGCUUACAAAUACAUUUCAUUUUCAAAUACUGGAAACAUAUAUUCCCACAUUUAAUAAACAUGCUCAAUGUUUAAUGAGAAAACUUGAAAAGAUGAUCGGAAACGAUCAACAAGUGUCUAUUUAUCCACAUAUGACUCUUUGUGCUUUAGACAUGGUUUGCGAAACAAUAAUGGGUACUGAAUUACGGUCUCAAGAGGGGAAAUCUGUUGAAUAUGUUCAAGCUAUAUAUACAGUAACUGAUAUUAUGGUUCAACGAAUUUUUAAAUUUUGGCUUUGGAAUAAUUAUAUUUUUAAAAUGUGUAAAAACGGAAGAAACUUUCGUAAAUCACUUAAAAUUCUACACGAAUUUACCGAAAAUGUUAUAAAAAAAAAACGAGAAAAACUUGAUAAUGCAUUGGUAAUGGAAGAAAUAAGUUUAGGGAAAAAAAGGGUGCAAUCAUUUCUUGAGCUUUUAAUUGGAUUGUCAAUGCAAAACCCAGAAGUAAUGACUGAUUUGGAUAUUAGAGAACAAGUAGACACUUUUCUUUUUGAAGGACACGAUACUUCGUCAAUUACUAUGACAUUGACAUUAAUUCUUUUGGGAUUACAUCAAGAUAUACAAAACUCUGUAAGGGAAGAAUUGUACUCAAUUUUUGGAGAUAGUGAAAGAGAGGCUACAAUAGAAGAUCUUAGAUCAAUGAUAUAUUUAGAUAGAGUUAUAAAAGAAACUUUAAGACUAUAUCCAAGUGUUCCUGCUAUCACUAGAAAGCUAAGACAGCAUCUUACUAUUAAAGAAAAUCAGAUUCCAUCACAGGCAGUAAUUGGAGUGAUACCUUAUUUACUCCACCGGGAAGAAAAAUUAUUUCCAAAUCCAUUAGCUUUUGACCCCGAUAGGUUUUUACCCGAAAAUAAUUGUAGUAGGCAUCCUUAUGCCUAUAUACCGUUUAGCGCUGGACCAAGAAAUUGUAUCGGACAGAAAUAUGCUGUAAACAUGAUGAAAACAGUAGUUUCGGCUGUUAUUAGACAAAUGAAAAUCGAAACAUUAGGCAGCAUGGACGACAUUGUAGUAGUUUCGCAAUUGAUUUUACGACCAGAAUCAUUACCGGGCAUCAAAAUCACCAGAAUUAAAAAGUAGUAGUUUCUUAUCGUUUAAUUUUUCCACUGUGGUAAUUCAGAUUGAAGAGACAAUUUAUUGAAAGAACUGAUUACAGAUGAAUCUGUUCAUAGAAAUACCUUUAGUGAUGUACCACUGUAGAUGUAACUUAUAUGUAGAGAUCGAUGAUUAAGUCGGUUCUAUACAUUUUCCAUACAUUUUUCUAAUGUAUUUUAUUUAAAUUAUAAUUGAUAUACGUGAUUCUAUAGC